UUUCGCUUGUCCAGUACCUUAAAUAUGUCCGGGUGGAAACAUAACCCGAACUAAAUACUGAUGGUAUUGGAGUUUGCUUGUGUUUAAACAUGUUUUGGUUUGGUUUGAUUAGAUUAUACAAACAGUGUAUUAUAAGUUUUGUCAUAAGUAAUAUCGGAAUUUAAAUCGCACAAUGUAUUUUGCAUUUCUAUUUGCAUAGUUGUUUGCCCACAUGGUCGUUAGCAACAGCACCGGAGUCAGUGUGAGUGUGUAAUAGACUUUUUUUUGUUGUUGUUGCUAUUUUCACGUGUAAUCUAAUGGCGUUACCAAAAUAAAAACCAGAAAAUGAUACACUUAUAACGAGCUAAUAUUGUUUGAAAGUCGUUUUGUAUGGGGGUUGGGUCAGGACAGAUUACCCAGGUCAUCUUUGAGUAGGAUUAGGGAUUUCACGAGACGGGAGGAAGAGGCUUUGUGGUCUUUGAGUGUGCAUCACACACAUCCUUGCUGACUUCUCUUCCAGUACUAUCUUUAUUCUUCUGGUUCAGACUUUCAAAAUCCAAUUAGACUGAUAGACCCAAAAAGGAUGGAACUAGGAAAAGCCAAACUUCUGAGGACUGGACUCAAUACUUUACAGCGAGCCAUUCAUCCCAUUCAUGGAAUAGCCUGGACAGAUGGAAGACAAGUUUGCUUGACAUCAUUCCACCAUGUCUCAGGCGAACCAGAAUUCGGGGACACUAAUGUAAUUGGACAGUUUGAACACGUCUUGGGACUUUCCUGGGGUCCUCUGUGUUGUUCAGAGUCUCCCGCUCUGCUCGCCGUGCAGCACAAGAAGCAUGUGACGGUGUGGCAGCUUCAGCUGAGUGCUCUUGAGCAGAACAAGCUGCUGUGCACCCAGACGUGUGAAAUGAGCGAGCCUUUCCCGCUGCUGCCUCACGGCUGUGUGUGGCACCCCAAACAAGACAUCCUGGCAGUUCUGACUAAGCAGGAUGCCUCGGUGCUGUUCUCCGUGCGUGUGGAUAAUCGGCGAGUAAAGGCAGAUACCCGCGGCAGUGGUCUGAUCCACUGUGCAUGCUGGACUAAAGACGGGACCAGACUGGUGGUUGCUGUUGGCAGCGUUCUUCACUCCUAUAUAUGGAAUGACAUCCAGAAAAGUUUAGUGGUCUGCUCAUUUUGCCCGGUUUUUGAUGUUGGUGGCUACAUCUGUGCCAUCGAGUCUACAGAUGAGGCUCAGGUGGCUGUUACAACAGAACUGCCUCUAGAUAAAAUCUGUGGGCUUAAUGCAGGUUGCACCUUUGACUGGCCAAAUGAAUCAAAACCGUCGUCCUCUCAGCAGUCUUCGGCUGUUAUUUUGGAGGAAGACGUUUGCUUGGAAUCGAGGAGGAAGUCCUAUGACUCGGAACGUUCACUACUCUCAGGGUUCUUUUCGUCCUCUGGUUCUACUGACCUUACACACAUUCUGGCGAAACAUCGAAAGUCAGACCCUAGCCCUUUGAUUCACUUUAGGCAACGGGAUCAUUUGACAGGAUCAGGUCAAGACUCGUCACAUUUGAUUUUAGUCAGGUAUGAACGUAAGGUCACGACUACCAGGAAAGUAAACAUCCCUGGUAUUCUGAUCCCUGACAUCGUAGCCUUUGACCCACAAGGCAAUACAGUCGCAGUGGCAUCCAAUACCUGUAACAUGGUGUUGGUUUACUCCAUCAUGGCAUCCUCCAUGCCCAAUGUUCAGCAGAUCCACCUGCAGAAGAAUGAAAGACCUAAAGGUGUUUGCUUCCUUAGCAGCAAGCGGAUCCUAGUCAUGCUCGGCCGACAGAGGUCCACCGACCCAGCCUUCCUUCCAUCUUCCCACACGGACAAAUACGUCCUCAGGCUCACAGCUCCGGAGCUUGUGUUUGACAAGGGCACAACUUCUCCAGUUGUCCAGGAGCCGGAGUCUACAAUUGAGCUUAGGAGUCAUUUAUUGGCCUCCGUUAAAGAUUCUGCAGUAAAGGACCUUGUUCUUCCAGGGGGGUCUGUAAUCCUGUCAUCAAAUAUCAGGAAUAAGUUAAUUGAGGAAGUGUGUACCUCAGAGUCAAGCUCGGCCGACUUCUCCGACAGAGCCACUUCCAGCACUUCCUCCAUCACUCUGGAAAACUAUGAUAUGGACCAUGUUAAUCGCAUGACCAGCCUAGCCAUAGCCAGCCAUGAAUCCCCUCGAGGAUCUUCCCCUCGAUACACUGCAUCAGAAAAGCUGCUGUCUGAUUCUCCUUUGCUGAAGAACAACUGUCUUGCCAAAGAGAACAACAUCGAACAGCUCUCAUGCAACAUGGAGAGGAUGUUUACUCGCUCUGGAGAGGUGCAGCAGUGCCUCUCAGAAAUCAAAGACUUUACACAGAAUGGGAAAAAGCUCAUGAGCAGAUAUCCACCUGCCUCUGAACCAAAAUAUGUCUAUGUUACAUGUCAGACAAAGUUAUCAGACAAUGUGUACACGGAUGAAAGAAGACUUGUGCUGUUGUGUGAAGGAAGACUCUCUCUUCUAGUCCUGCAGGAACUCUUCAGCCUGACUGUUAUUGAGAUGAUGCAUGGGCCAAUGUGGAUUAUCCUAGUGGCCGAUGUAGACGGAUUUGUACCUCUCACCUUCCAGCACCAGGAGGCGCUCACGAUACGAAGUGCAAAAAGGAAAUUUCCCUUUAAGCCUGUCAGCGAGAGUAAUGACCCACCUCCUAAAAAUCAGCAAUUAACAAAUACAGAGCAGUGACUUUGCUGUUGCAGGCUUCCCAGUUUAAACCCUCCCUACUUCACACUAUAUGUCAUACUCUGUAUGAAUGGCGUGUGACAAAUAAAAUUUAAAUUCG